AUUUCAUUUCCCGCUCCUGCAAGCGUUUCAAAAUCUCCCCCUUUCAAAUACAGCACACAGAAAUAUCUUAUUUCUCUCUUCACUAGAUUCCCUCAUGUCUCCUCCGUUCGUGUUUCCCCAAAACCUAAUCGCCCUUGAAGAAGACUCCGGAGACGACGCCGGUCAUCUAUCCGUCCAAAACCCCACCUCCAUUUCAUCUCUCCGACCUUCAGAUCUGGAAGAAUUCGUCAAAGGCGUGUCGUUUGAUUUGUCCGACAAAGAGCUGUUUUGUGUUGAAGAACAAGAAUUAUUCGACCGGAUUUACUCAUUGGUUAAGUGUUUUGGUGACCUAACUCCUGGUUGUAAGUUGAAUAUAGUCGAGAGUCUCCGGUCAAACUUCAGUGUUUUGCUUCCGAACAUCGAUUCUCUUUUUAGGGUUCCAGCAUCACCGACUAGCGAGGGGCGCGAUUCUGAUGAUGGUGGUAGAGUACUCGAUCGAGUUAAUUCUCAUCGGAAUGCCUUCAAGAUUUAUACAUUCUUUCUUAUCCAUGUUGUCCUAGCCCAGGAAUCAAACAGUGCUUCCAGCAACACUACCAAAGUGCUGCCAAGUAACAGAAAGAAACAUCUUUCUAGCUCUUGGAAUUGGGAGGCCCAAAGGGGACGUAUACUAAGUUUGAUUGCAAAUUCCCUGGAGAUCAACCUCUCAUCACUCUUUGGCUCUUCAGACCCAGAUGAAAAUUAUUUAUCUUUUGUUGUGAGAAAUGCACUUUCUAUGUUUGAGAACGCUACACUGUUGAAAGAUUCUGAUGCAAAGGAAGCUUUAUGUCGCAUGAUUGGAACUUGUGCAACCAAAUACCACUAUUUGGCACAAUCUUGUGCUUCAAUCCUACACAUCCUUCAUAAACAUGACUUUGUUGUUCUACAUUUAGCUGAUGCUGUUGCUUGGGCAGAGAAAAAGUACUCUGAUGGAAGCCUGUCAAUCUCUCUCAUUAGAGAAAUAGGAAGAACUAACCCAAAAGAUUAUGUGAAAGACACCGUUGGAGCUGAAAAUAUUGGGCGAUUUCUUGUAGAGCUUGCUGAUCGUAUCCCAAAGUUAAUCUCAACCAACAUUGGUUUAUUGGUUCCUCAUUUUGGUGGAGAGUCAUACAAGAUUAGGAAUGCUCUUGUUGCAGUAAUGGGAAAGCUGGUGGCUAAAGCUUUUAAUGAUAUUGAAGGUGAAGUUAGUUCAAAGUCUAUUCGCCUUCGAACCAAACAAGCAAUGUUGGAAAUCCUUCUAGAACGUGCUAGGGAUGUUUCAGCUUAUACUAGAAGUAAAGUACUACAGGUUUGGGUUGAAUUAUGUGAAGAACAUUCUGUAUCUAUUGGUUUAUGGAAUGAAGUUGCUGUAGUAGCUGCUGGGAGGUUAGAGGAUAAGAGUGCCAUCGUUAGAAAAUCUGCACUGAAUUUACUCAUUAUGAUGCUGCAACAUAACCCUUUUGGGCCACAACUUCGUGUAGCUUCAUUUGAAGCAACAUUAAAGCAGUACAGGAAGAAGUUGAAUGAAUUAGAACCAAACGUGUCAUCAGAAAGUGUUUUGGAUGGAGUCCCAUUGAAUAGUGAUUCUGGAAGUGAUGAUGGUGAAAUAGUUGAUGACAAUGAUAAAAUCAAGAAGCAGGAUAGUUUGACUGACAGCUGUAUGGUUCAAGAGGAAGAGCAAAGUACUCAAAUGGAUAGUUCAGUACCAGAUGUUGGGAAUUUGGAGCAAACCAGGACUUUGAUUGCAUCACUUGAAGCAGGCUUGAGAUUUUCCAAAUGUAUAUCUGCCACUAUGCCGAUUCUUGUUCAGUUAAUGGCUUCUUCAUCAGCAUCUGAUGUUGAAAACACAAUCUUAUUGCUUAUGAGGUGUAAACAGUUCCAGAUUGAUGAGUCAGAAGCUUGUCUUAGAAAGAUGUUGCCACUGGUAUUUUCCCAAGACAAAUCAAUUUAUGAAGCUGUUGAGAAUGCGUUUAUUACAAUCUACAUAACAAAGAACCCAACUGAAACUGCUAAAAAUCUUAUAACACUUGCCAUUGAUUCAAAUGUUGGAGAUCUUGCAGCAUUGGAGUUCAUUGUUGGUGCAUUGGUCUCUAAAGGGGACAUCUCUGCUAGCAUGGUGGCAGCAUUGUGGGAUUACUUCUGUUUCAAUGUCAGUGGAACAAGUGCAGAACGCAGCCGUGGGGCCCUAUCUGUGUUAUGUAUGGCUGCAAAAUCAUCACCUGAAGUUCUAAGUUCUCAUCUACAAGACAUUAUAGAUAUUGGUUUUGGUAGGUGGGCAAAGGUAGAACCUUUGCUUGCAAGAACAGCUUGUAUUGCACUUCAAAGGUUGACCCUUGAUGACCAAAAAAAUCUGUUGACUAAUCAUGGAAGCAGGGUGUUUGGUGUUUUGGAUAGUUUAGUUACUGGAUCUUGGCUUCCAGAACACAUUUGGUAUGCUGCUGCAGAUAGAGCAAUCAGUACAAUAUAUGCUAUCCAUCCUUCCCCAGAAACCCUAGCAGCUGAUUUGGUGUUAAAAUCUUAUCAUUCUGUUGUUGGAGUUGAUGAGUUGCAAAAUGACACGGAUGCCCUUACUUCAGUUCAAGCUUCAAAACUAAGCAGGUUUCUGUAUGUUACAAGCCAUGUUGCCAUGAACCAAUUGGUUUAUAUUGAGUCUUGUGUUAGAAAGAUUCAAAAGGAGAAAGCAAAGAAAGAUAAAUUGAUGGCAGAAGGUCAACAUGUCGACAAACCUGAACAAGAGGAGGAUGGUAUAAAUGCUGAAUUAGGUGUUGCUGCUUCUGAGGAUGCUUUGCUUGACAUACUUUCUGAAAGGGCAGAAAAGGAAAUUGUUUAUGGUGCUUCUAACGAAAAGAACUUGAUUGGACACUGUGCACCGUUUUUGUCAAAACUUUGUAGAAACUUUGGUUUGUUGCAGAAGUAUCCUGAAUUGCAGGCAUCCGGGAUGCUUGCCUUAAGCAGAUUGAUGAUUAUAGACGCCAACUUUUGUGAGGCAAAUCUCCAGCUUCUAUUCACUGUGGUUGAGAAUGCUCCAUCAGAAACUGUUCGCUCCAACUGUACAAUUUCUCUUGGUGACCUGGCAGUUCGGUUUCCAAAUCUUCUAGAACCAUGGACUGAAAACAUGUACUCCAGGCUUCAUGAUCCUUCAGUUUCUGUCAGGACAAAUGCUGUUUUAGUUCUCUCUCAUCUCAUUCUCAAUGACAUGAUGAAGGUUAAAGGCCAUAUAAAUGAGAUGGCAAUGCGAUUAGAAGAUGAAAAUGAAAGGAUUUCUAAUCUUGCAAAGCUUUUCUUUAAUGAGCUCUCAAAGAAAGGGAAUAAUCCGAUAUAUAAUUUAUUACCGGAUAUCCUCGGAAAGUUAUCAAACCAGGACUUGAAAAGAGAAUCAUUCUUCAACAUCAUGCAGUUUUUGAUUGGGUCAAUCAAGAAGGACAAGCAAAUGGAAGCUCUUGUUGAAAAGCUAUGCCAUAGAUUUAGUGGUGUGACAGAUGCUAAGCAAUGGGAAAACAUAUCAUACUGUCUUGCACAGCUAUCAUUUACUGACAAGGGCAUCAAGAAACUGAUAGAUUUAUUCAAAGUUUAUGAGCAUGUUCUAUCCAAUGAAACCGUGAUGGACCAUUUUAGAACCAUCAUAAAUAAGGGAAAGAAAUUUGCCAAACAAGAACUCAAGUCAUGCAUUGAGGAAUUUGAGGGGAAAAUCAGCAAGUUUCAUGAGGAUAAGAAGGAGCAAGAAAUCACAGCAAGAAAUGCAGCUGCUCAUCAACAGAAAGCUGAUGCCAUCAAAAACAUCAUUGUUGAUACGAAUCUCGAAAAGGAAAAGGAAAAUGAAAAUGAAAAAGAGAAGUCUGAAGCUGAUGAAGAUGGUGAGGUCAUGGAUCCUCCAAUGGAUGAGAAUGGGAAUGAGAAUGAGAAUGAAAAUGAAAAUGAAAGAUGUGUUAAUAAAGAGGAACAUGGUCCAGCUCCAAAAAGUGUGGAGUUUGAAGAAACUUCACAUGAUGCUUCUAGUCAAGUGAUCCAGUCGGAGUCAUCAUUGGAUGAUGAGGUCCAAUCACCACAAGUUAUUCCAAAAGGAACAGCAAAGACUAGAGGCAAGAAAAGCAACGGCGGUGUAUCUGAGAAGAAGGUGGCUGAUUCUCAUGUCCCUAGUGUGAGUGUGAGAGUUACAAGGUCCAGAAGAAGGUAGUUAGUUGAUGAAUGAGGCUUUCUCAGCCUCCUAUUGCAUUGGAUUUGGUUGUGUUUCUUGUAAUGUAUGUAUUGGGUGUUUUAUGUCAACAUACUUUGUUGUUGGGAACAUUAUAAUCGCUUUGUGGAACAUCCGACCAUAAUAU